CCCGGUUUCUCCCCGGCCGCUCGGUCCCAGACCCAGGCCGGGCAGCGGGGCUGGCAUCGCCUGGGGGAGGAGGGGCACCCGUCGGUGAUCCGGAGCCCCGCGGGCCGGGAGGCGACAGCGCGGGGCGCGGGGACCCGAGUACCUGCCCGCACAGGUUCUCCUCCGGGCUGUCUCGAGGACCUCUCCCCCGCUGGACAUUGGCACCAUGGCCUUCGUCGUGAGGUGACCCAGCAGGGGGAGGGAUGCGGGCUGUUGACCCCAACGAGCAGCGGCACCUCCAAGGAAUCGUGGCCUCCCUCAUCGAGGCCUACGGGGGCCGCUCCGGCGCCCGGAGUCCCCCACGCAGCCUCUCGCCCCGCGGGGGGAGCCAGCCCACGACGCCGGAUCCCAGCCGCCCCCCUCGUCAUGGUCGCUUCACGGGAGGUCCCAUGCUGUCGCGGGACACAGAGACCGGGAGGAGGCAUGGAGGCCACUUGGGCACCGGGCCCCCGCGCUCCCCCAUAUUCAAGGAGGCACCCACGAUGCACAACCUGGAGAGGCGGCUGCACACGUUCAGUAUGUUCGGGAUGCCGCGCCUGCCCCCCGAGGACCGGCAACACUGGGAGAUCGGAGAGGGCGGCGACAGUGGCCUCAACAUCGAGAAGUCCUGGAAGGAGAUGGUGCCAGGACACAAGGACAUGAGCCGGGACCUUUGCCACCAACAGGAGGCCCUGUGGGAGCUGCUGACCACUGAGCUCAUCUACGUGCGGAAGCUCAAGAUCAUGACCGAUCUCCUGGUCAGCGGCCUGCUGAAUCUCCAGCGAGUGGGACUGCUGACAGACGUGUCAGCCGAGACCCUCUGUGGAAUGGUCCCCAGCUUGAUUCGAGCCCACCGGGGCUUCUGGGAUGAGGUGCUGGGCCCCAUGCUUGAGGAGACACGAACCUCGGGCCGGCCUCUGGACCCCAUGCGCCUGCAAGAUGGGUUCCUGACGUUCAGCGAGCGCUUCCAGCCCUACGUGCAUUACUGCCUGCAAGUGAAGCAGACCAUGGCUUACGCCCGGGAGCAGCAGGACAGCAACCCGUGCUUCCACACCUUCGUGCAGUGGUGUGAGAAGCACAAGCGGGCAGGGAGGCAGACACUGGGGGAUCUGCUCAUCAAGCCCCACCAGCGCAUCACCAAGUACCCCCUGCUGCUCCAGGCGGUGCUCAAGAGGACCCCCAACCCCCAGACGCGGGAGGCCCUGACCACCAUGAUCGCAUCUGUGGAGUCCUUCCUGCACCACAUCAACAAGCAGAUCCGCCAGGGCGAAGAGCAGGAGAGCUUGGCAGCGGCCGCCCUACGCAUCGGGCCCUACGAGGUGCUGGAACCUUCUAGUGAGGAGGUGGAGAAGAACCUGCGUCCCUUCUCCAAGCUGGACCUGCAGAUGCCCAUGAUGGGCGUGGCUCCAGAGAACACCAGGCAGCUGCUGCUGGAGGGGCCUGUGCGGUUGAAGGAGGGCCGGGAAGGGAAGCUGGACGCCUACUUGUUCCUCUUCUCUGACGCGCUCCUGGUGACCAAGCCCCAGCGCAAGGCCGACAAAGCCAAGGUCAUCCGCGCGCCCUACAUGCUGGAGAAGCUGGUGUGCCGGCCACUCCGAGACCCAAACAGCUUUCUGGUCAUCUACCUGACUGACUUCCAGUGCGUGUCCAGCGCGUUCACCGUGCACUGCCCCGGCGCUGCCGACUGCUUGCAGUGGCUGCAGAAGAUGCAGCAGGCCCAGGCCUCCUUGCAAAAGCUGAAGGCAGAGGAGUACGUCCGGCAGAAACGGGGGCUCCUGGCCCUCUACCGGGACCACGAGCACGAGUCGCCAGGCACCAGGCCCUCCACGCCCUCCCUGGACAGCUCCCAGAACAGCGUGGACAGCAGGUCCCCUGAGUUCUUGGCCGUCAUCCCCAACCUGGUGGUGACGGAGAACCUGGAUGAAGAUGGCCCCUCGGGUCCCGACGACACCUCGGACUCCGGCUACGGCACUCUCGUCCCAGACUCCCCCAAAGGACCCCACCACCCCCUGAGCCGCCUGCGCCGCAAAGCGCUGCGGCGGGACCCUCGCCUCAGCUUCUCCACCAUGGACCUCCGCGACGUCCCCCUGCGCCCGCUGCCUCUGGACUCCCGAGCGCCCCAACGCCGGAGCGCCCCGGAGCUGCCCGAGGAUAACCUCCUCCCCCGCGGAGGCAGCCUGCCCCGGGGGCUCGUCCCGUCCUGGGCCGAGGACGAGGAUGGGGGGACCCCGGGCCGAGGGGACGUGGUGGUGGAGAUGCUGCACCGGGUGCAGCGGCAACGCGGCCAGCUGCCCGCCUCGCCCAGCCACACCGACUCUGCCGGGGACAGCCCCUGGGAGCUGUCGGGGGAGGAGGAGGAGGAGGAAGAGGAGGAGGAGGAGGAGGAGGGCGGCGGGAGGGCACUCCUGCCGCCCCACCCCCGGCCCCUGCAGAGGGAGGACAUACUCCGGGAGAUUCGGGAGGAACUGGCCAGCCAGAGGAUCGACGGCCUCCCGGAGCCCCGGAGCGGCCGCCCCCGCAAACUGACACGGGCUCAGCUGCACCGGAUGCGGGAGCCCCAGGUCAUACAGCUGGACACGCCGCUGUCCACCUCGGAGGUGUGAGGGGAUGAGAGCCCCACCCCAGGAGUGCUGGUCACUACCCACCCCCUCUGGACUCUACCUCAAGGACCACACGUCCCACUCAGAAGCCUGCUCUGGGCACCCUGCUCGGAGAACUCGGGGGACCCAGGACUCUGCAUUCUCCUACCCAGGACGCCCAGAGCCCACCCACCACCGCCGCCGGGCACGAACGCGAUGGCCCUGACCCCUUUGAGGGGCAAAGAGCACCUGCCUUGCAAACUCAUGAGGUCGGGAGAGUUUCCCCGCCUGCCCCGUGCCACCCCCCACCGGCACUGAGCUUGGUCCCAGCACAGGAGACCUGUCAGCUCCCAGGAAGCCCACGUGCGAGCACCAAGAGGACGAGAAGUGUGCAAGCCCCAGCGGGCACCGCGCUGAGGGGGCAGACGCCACGACCACGUCCUGCCCUCCACCCCAAGUCACGGCAACAGCAUCAGAACAAAGGAGGGAGGAGAAGGAAAGGGAAAAGAAAGGGAAUCAGAGAAGCAGAAAGAGACUGCCCGAUCCGUGCCAGCUGGGCAGCCAGGCGGAGAGAGCUGGGGACGGGGGCUGAUCCCAGCCACACUGGGGGUCCCAGGCCUGGCCUCCCAUGAUCGCCCCCUCCCAUCCCUCCACCCAGGAGCCCAGCUUCCAGGGUUUCGAGUGUUUUCCUAAAAGAACACUGCUCGGGGGGGCUGGAGCGAUAGCACAGCGGGGAGGGCGUUUGCCUUGCAUGCGGCCGACCCGGGUUUGAUUCCCAGCAUCCCAUAGGGUCCCCUGAGCACCGCCAGGAGUAAUUCCUGAGUGCAGAGCCAGGAGUAGCCCCUGAGCAUCACUGGGUGUGACCCAAAAAAGAAAAAAAAAAAGAACAGAGCUCCAGGGGCCCGAGACAGAGGACAGGCUCUGCGCGCGGACCCACAUCACCGCAGAGUGUGGCCCCCCCAAUAAAACCCA